CUGAGAUUUCAAAAUUUGCGUUGAGAGCUAUCGCAUUCUGAACAUCCGUCGCCAUAUCAUUUGCAAUAAAUAAUAUACUCACGUUCGCAAUUUCAAGGACUUUCUCAUUUCUCGUUUACUCGACUCCUGGAGGUGCUGGCACAUGUUGGAUUGACAGGUGGUGAGUGGCGCCGGGUACGCACGACGGUACUGCUGGAGUGGGUGAGUCAGAUACACAUAAUAAAGAGUCAUUGACGUUCACCAGGCGCGAUGCCGCGUGUUGGGGUGUUGGGUCGCGUACAGCGCCAGGCAACAGUGGUAGCGCCCGAAGCCCCGAGCCCGAGACCCCGAGCAUGAGGGUCCGUAGAGCUUCGCUCGUGGAAUAUAUAAAGGUCUAUGGGACGGACAAUAAUAUCGCGUCUACCUCCUAACCACGCCUAAAUAUCCACACACACAAAUCAUCAUGCCCUACACAGCUCGUAUAGCAAUCAUCGGUGCUGGCCCAUCCGGCCUCGCACUCGCCGCCCUCCUGCAGGCGCAAUCAAUCCACCCCACUAUUUAUGACCUCCGCGCCGAGCCCACGCCCGCCUUCUUUGCCGCCCCCUGCGGUAUGCUCGAUCUCCACGAGGAUUCCGGCCUGAAAAUAAUUCGCGCCGCCGGUCUCUGGGACGCAUUCCAAGCCGAGCUUGGGGGUUGCUCAGAGGAAUGCCGCGUCCUUUCCCCGGCCGCGGAAACCCUUCAUACUGACCAGGGGCAAUUGUCCUCGCGGCCUGAGAUUGCGAGGAAUGCGCUGACGAAAUUACUUCUUGGUGCUGUGACGCCGGGGUCGGUGAAGUGGGGUCAUAAAGUCUCAUCCGUGCACAGCGCGAGGACAGAAACUGGCGCCACCGAGGUAACCCUCGAUCUCGGCGCGGAUGGGAAGGCGACGUACGACUUCGUAGUCGGUGCAGACGGCGCGUGGUCGCGCGUACGGGCAAUGCUGACGGACAUUGUGCCCGUCUACACUGGAGCACAGUACGUAAAUGCCACCCUGCGGGAUGCUACGGCGAAGUUCCCGCAGCUGGUGGAUCUGGUGGGAAGCGGCACUACGAUGGCCCUCGGGGGAGGAAGAGGGAUUAUGACGCACCGAGGCCCGCAGGACUCGAUCCGACUAUAUAUCGCCGUGAAGACGCCACUCGAGAACUGGGCUGAGGAGAUUGGGAUCGCGGGGAAGACUACCGCAGAGGCGAAGGAAGUCUUACUAGGUGAAGGAGGGGGGUUUGAGAAAUGGGCGCCGGAGCUCCGAGAACUUCUUUCGACGGCGUGUGAUGAAGAGACGAGCGAUCACCCAGGCACAGUGGUGGAUGUGCUGCCGUUGUACAUGUUGCCUGCAGGUUCGCGGUGGGAGACGCAGGUAGGGGCCACAUUGGUAGGAGAUGCGGCGCAUUUGAUGACGCCUUGGGGAGGAGAGGGGGUCAAUCAAGCGCUGCUUGAUUCGCUGGAGCUGUCGAAUGUGGUGGGAGGUGUGGGACAGGUAGAGAGUGUGGUAGAGUGGCAGGAGAAGCUGGAAGCGCCUAUGAAGGGAUUCGAGGAAGCGAUGGUAGUGAGGGCGAAAGAAGUGGCAGAACAGUCGUCAAAGAAUGGGGAGAUGAUGCUGGGCGAGCAUGGAGGACAAGCGAUUGCAGAUAUCUUCAAGAUGUUUGCGGAUAUAGCGGCGAAUGGAGGAGAGUUCCCUGAAGGGUUAUUGUAAGAGGGUAGCAGAGGUGAUACAGUACGAUAGUGUAUAUAUAGUUUGAUCCCUUAGGGAUUGCAGAAACGCCGCUAAAAAUAGAAAAACCUCAACUCACUUACAUGUCUU